AUGUCGAAUGCAGAGGCCAGCAGAGCGUACGAAAUUAUUGUGGAAUCGGUGGUGAACGAAGUGAGAGAGGAUUUUGAAAAUGCAGGUAUAGAUGAACAAACUUUACAAGACCUGAAAAACAUCUGGCAAAAAAAGCUCACAGAGACGAAAGUGUCCACUUUUUCAUGGGAUAAUCAGUUCAAUGAGGGAACCGUCAACGGUGUACAGAAUGAUUUGAAUUUUAAUCUUGCUACUCCCAAUAUAAGUUCUAACGAGUUCAAUAUCAAGGAGGAAAAUGCUGGCAACGAAGGUUUAAUUUUGCCAAACAUCAAUUCCAAUAACAACAUAUCCCACUCUGGAGAGACUAAUAUUGAUAAUAGUAGAGGGGAAGUAAAUAAUAAACCAGAUACCACCUCGAACGCGAACCCGGGCGCUAACACCAAUGUAGACGCAAAUAGUGGAGCCAGAAUUGAAGUAAAACCUGAAAUAGAAUUAACAAUUGAAAACGCUAAUAUAAAUACUGUUGAUCAUAUAGAUGGUGAGGACGAGAAGAAGGAAGAGGAUGUGGAGAAAAGUCGGAAGGAAAAGGAACAGAUAGAGCAAGUUAAAUUACAAGCAAAGAAGGAAAAAAGAAGUGCAUUAUUAGAUACAGAUGAGGUCGGCUCAGAACUAGAUGAUUCCGAUGACGACUAUCUAAUCUCGGAGGGUGAAGAAGAUGGGCCAGAUGAGAAUUUAAUGCUGUGCCUAUAUGACAAAGUUACAAGGACAAAAGCAAGAUGGAAAUGUAGUUUGAAAGAUGGUGUGGUUACCAUCAAUAGAAAUGACUAUACAUUUCAAAAAGCUCAGGUGGAAGCAGAAUGGGUAUAA